AUGGCCGACGUCUCCGCUUCCCCCAAGGUCUACACCAUCGAGGACCUCCAGCAGCACAAGACCCGCGAGGACUGCUGGGUCCUCAUCUCCGGCAAGGUCUACAAUGUCACCAAGUUCCUUGACGAGACUGACGAACAGCACCCCGGUGGCGACGAGGUCCUGAUCGAGGAGGGAGGCCGUGACGCUACCGAGGCGUUCGAGGACGUCGGCCACUCGGACGAGGCCCGCGCGAUGCUCCCCAAGAUGCUCGUCGGCGACUUCAAGGGCGAGUCCAAGGUCAAGAAGUCGGCUGGCGCUGGCACCACCUCGGCCUCUGGCCAGCAGCAGCAGGGCAAGUGA